AUGCGGAUACUGCGACUACAUCCACUCGACACAAGCACCGUCCCCGCCGCAGUUCAUGAUGACCUCAAAGCGUUUCUUGCGCCACUUACCCUUUCACCGCGUGAAUUGCUCGCCAUUUCCAAGGGGCUCACAAACGCGGAAAUCCCAGCGCGACUAACAGGGGAUGAGCGGACGAUGCUCGAGACGGAAAAGCUCCGGAGCUUGGGCAAGUUUAGUUUCCAAUUGUCCAUCAUCAAUUACUUUCGCAUAUUCCAAGACGUGCGGUACUUGUCGUACUCCGAAUUCGAGUUGAACUCAGAUAUGGAAAUGGUGACGAACGGGGACUUGAUUCGGGAAUUUAUGAAAUGGAACGCUCUCACUGGCUGUGUUUCGAUGAACCUGGGUUUUUUAAUUUCUGAAUUUGUCGAGAAGGAGGAGUUUGAAAAGAAAAAAAUCCACGUUUUCAAAGCUACUGCAGUGGGCAGCUUCUACACCAUGAUUGGAAUAGUUUACGCCAACUAUCGAGAUCAAUUUGAUGAGUUUAUGGGCAAGGUUAUAAAUGGGAAAAGAGGAAUUAUAGAAAUAGUAAAGAGCCAACAAGCAUAG